AAACUAACGCGUCACUCCAGGAAACAAUCAAACAGUGCUUUCCCCCGAAAACAGGUAAUAAACAAAGUUAACGCGUUCACAGCAGCCCGGGAUGUCUCUCGAUAAGAACCGAGCUCCGGUGUUUGCGGGACAGCAACAAACACAGAUGUCAGACUCCGAAGACUCAGAUCUGGAGGAAGGAGCAGACGUGGUGCGACACCGAACCAAGAUCGUCUGUCAGCGCCGGUUCAAAUACGUUCACUUGGAUCCUCCAGACGUCAUAUAUGAGCGCUGGACCAAGAUAAAGCCCGAGGUGAAGAAGCACGUGGGUCAUCUGAUGCGCGUGUCUGUGUUUUGGUGGCAUAUACUUCUGAGACAGCAGGAAAAACACCCCACCACCCUCUGGGCCGUGGAGAUGGGCUUUCUGGACUCAAAUGUGUCGAAUGAUUUGAGUCUGAAGAGGCUCGAGAAGAUUGAGAUUCUGGAAAGUAUUCUGGACUCCAUGGAGAGAGGCCUGUCUCACGGUGACGUGGAGAAGAAAGCCCGAGCCGUGGUGUCCCUAAGCAUAUUGCUUUAUAGUAACCAGGAAUGUUUGCAUGAAGCCAUCGGUUGGCUGCGGGACUCCGGAGCUCCUGACGUGGGGAAGAAACUGAUGGAUCUCGGAUCGGUGGAGACUCGCUACCGGACGCUCCGCUUCGUCUUCAACGAGUAUUCACAUUAUCUUCAGGUGAUCUCGUGCAGUAAAAAGAAAGCCAUCGAGGAGCUGAAAUCACAGACAGAUUCUUGGACUUUACUGAAAAGUGAAGAAAUGAAAAACAAAGGAAAUGAGCAGUUUCAGAAGAAGAAAUAUGACCUGGCGUUGAAGUGGUACACCAAAGCCAUUAAAUACCACCCGAGCAACCACUUCCUGUACGGAAACAGAGCUCUCUGCUACAUUCGCUCUGAGAAAUAUCUGAAAGCACUUGGGGACGGAAAGAGAGCCGUUAUAUUGCAGCCAGACUGGGCCAAGGGUCACUACCGCUUCUGUGACGCUCUGUUCUAUCUGGGGGAACAUCAGAAAGCUCUAAUGGCCAACCAGCUGGCUCAGGACGCCUGCGGCGCAGACCCGGAGGGACAGAGAGACCUGCUGCAGCAGUGUGAGCGAUUCCAGAUGGAGCUGCAGGAGAACAAAGCAGAGAUGACGACCAGGAGAACCGAAACGAAGAAAACCUCUGCUAAAACCAGAUCACAUGCGGCCAGCGAUUCUUCAGGUCAUCAGAAAUCCAGUCAUGAGUCUGAAGCGAUGACUUCAGUCCAGAGGAGUUGGCAGACACCUGAAAGCGAGAGGAACCAGGAUGACGCUGCAGGGAAUUCAGGAGCUCGAGUGUUUGCUGACGGAGGAGCUGACAGAGUCAGAGAAAUAAAGAGUGAAAUGAGUCCACGGAAGACUAAGAAAACCUCAUCCGCUGUCCCAGAGAAGCCAGCCGUCCGAAGCAAACAGCUCCUUGUCCCGGAUGAGCCGAGUCCUCCAGCGGAGGAUGAGAGCAAGGCUGGGAGAAGGAAACGCUUCUGUGAUGCUGUUCAGGAAGCUCAUGUGGCUCUGAGUGACCAGCGCUGCAGGAACGCACAGCAGUCCUUCUCUGUGGCCCUCAGGAUCCUGGAGACCAGCGGGACCUCGGAGCUGGGUUUGACAGAGCUGGAUAAAUCUGUGCUGAUGUAUGGCUAUGCGGUGGCCCUGCUGGAGGUCGGCCAGCCUGAGGAACUGGCUGAGGCUCAGCAGUUGUUCACCAAAUUAGAGUCAUCAGAGAGAAAGUUUCAGUCUCUGGUGCAUUAUGGGUUGGGAAGACUAUACCUGAAGGAGAACAGAUUUAUUAAAGCUCUGGAGUGCUUCACUAACGCUCAGCUGAUGAUCCAGAGACACGUCACACCUGGGAAGCUCACCUGGCCGACCACUCAAACUACAGUAGAGGAGACACAGCCCGACUCUUUAAAGGAACAUCUGGAGAACUUCAUAGAGGUGUGUAGGUUUCCUCCUAAAGCGGACGCUGUCUGCCGGUAUCAGCACUGCUUCUGUCACACUCUGGAGAUCUACUUCAGCGAUCCAGACUUUAAGGGCUUCAUCCAGCUGGUCUGCUGUCAGAGCUGCAGAGUGGAGUUUCAUAUGAGCUGCUGGAAGAAGCUCAAAACACUUUCAUUCUCCGAUAAGAGCGACAAGGAUUUUCUAAAAGAUUCAUGUUUUACACCAGACUGUGGAGGUCAGGUCUGUCGCAUUGUAAUAUAUGGCUCUACGGGGCUGAUAAAGUGUGAGUUUAAAACAGCUAUUCCUAAGAUCAGGCCUGUUGGACAACUGAGGGUCAAGCAGCUGUGUGCAAGUAUUAAGAAGUUGAAGUCUAAAAAUGAACGAAAGCUUUGUCGGAAACAACACAAGUUGGCGGCACGCUCUGCCUGUCAAGAGAGGAAGGAAGUAAUGGCUUUGGAUGAACCCAAAGACCCGACGGCGGAGAGAGAUCCACCCAGACACUGUAUUUAUAUGGACCGUGUUUUACAUCAAAUUCAUGAUAACAAAGAACUUUUUAAAGAGGAGUCAGUAAAUAUUUCUUUCUUUCUGGAGCGGCUGCGGCCGUGGCUGGAUUUAUUUGAGAGUAAAGGAGACGAGAGCGUGUUAAACAGUCAUAGUGCCCCAGGACCUCUGUGGGAGCUGGUGGAUCUUCUGCUGCAGUCCAGAAACCGGGUCUGUGCUCGAGUCUUUAUCGAAACUCUCGGCCUGACGCUUCAUAUCAAACCUAAACUGCAGCUUUGGGCUCAGCAGCUGGAUAACGCUGGUCUGAAAGCCGCAGAGUCAUUCAUCAGUCGUUAUAGCUCUCAUCUGGAAGAUUCGGACCUGAAGCCUUUGCUCACAUUUACACCGCUGCAAGAGACGCUUAUUGAGAAAUUUGGCACCGUUCCGGAAUUAUUUAAUCGUGAUGGUUUAACUGUAAUGGAGUACUUAAGACAAGCCCCGGCUCAAGAAAUGCGUCUGUUUAUUUGGACUCUAGAGUCGAAUCGAGAACACUAUCACUCAUGUCACUCCAUUCUCGAUCAAUAUUUUGAAGACGAUGCUGUUUGUUUAGUCAUUAAAAAGACGGAUGAUGAUGAGCACAUGAGCUCAGUUUUUAAGAGUAAGAACAGACAUCGCAAAAAGAAGCAGAAGGAGUUAAAGUCUGUUAUUGUGCUGUCUGGAAUGAGAGGUGGACAUUCGAGGGAUGAGGAUGAAGAAGAUGAGCUAUUCCCCGAGGAAGAUGCUUUGAUGUUCCUGAAUGAUCCGUUCAGCGUUCCCGAACACCUGCGAGGACCUGUGGCGGAGUUUGAGGAGCAGUACGCCGGAUCAGCUCACCGCAGUCAUUACGAGAGGAUCCUGGACAAUAACCCCGACCCCACUAAAGAGAGUUUAUACGAUUAUUUUGCUCAGAUUCUGGAGGAGCACGGCCCUCUGUGUGCCUCGGACCCGCUGAUGGUGGGCGAGCUGGAGAACUUCCCUUCAGAGGCGCAGCAGAAGAUCUCAGACGGCGGAGGACUCAAGCCCUUCCUGCUGCAGUCUCUGCGCUUCAUCCUGGUGGACGAGCUGAUCGGCCUGAUGAAGCACGCCGUGUUCAUGACGGACACCCUGCCUCCGUCACACCUCAACCCCUCAGCUAAAGAGUUCUGGCCUCACUCGGACGCUCCCCUCAGCCUUCCUUAUGAUGAUGAAGAGGAGUCUGCGUCCUCGGGGGGCUUCCUGCUCCUCCCUGACCCGUAUGCCUUCGAGUGUCCCGUCUCAGACUACGAGUAUCUGUCUGCAGACCUGCUGGAACACACACCGGCGUCUCAGCAGAGAGAGGACAAACACACGUCUGUCUGCCUGCGGGAUCUGGCAGAGCAUACCGAUGUUUCCAUUAACACCGAGCCGUACGCUUCCUUUGAGAGAAACAACGGUGACAUGCUGCAGAAAGAGAAGCAGAAGCUGCAGCUGCUGAAGGAGAUCCAUCAGAUGAAGGAAGAUCAUGAAGCCGUCCAGCAGAGCAGGGCCAAGGAGAUCUCUGUGCUUCAGGAGGAGACUGAGGAGAUCAGCCUGAAGAUGCAGAUCGCUGCCACCGAGCUCAGCAUGUUCCAGCAGAAACUAGAGGAGGAGGUGAGGAAAGACCAGAAGGAGAAGAAGGAGCUGCAGGAGACUCUGAGGACCCUGAAGAUGGAGAUUAAAGAUCUGGCAGACCUGCAUGAAAGUUACACCAGAGACAUCAGUGUGAAGAAUAAAGAGUAUCAGGCAGAACUGGAGCGCUUUCUGGAAGUCAGUAACCAGUGUGCGUCUGAACGCCUGAGUCUGGAGGAAGAGAUCAAGCGCUUAAGAGACGUGUGUGUGAAGAACCAGAGGAGAUCCGUGAUGGCUCAGCUGUGUGCGCUGCAGAGCAGACGUGAACGAGCACUGCGGCGGCUCUGGAUGAGCGUCUCUGAAGGGAAGAUGGUGGUCAAACACCUGAAGGAGAUGUCGCUCAGUGUUCCCUCCGGUGUGCUGCGGUCAGCCAUAGAGGACUGGAAGAAACACGUGAGAGACGCUGAAGACCAGAUCAACCGGACACAGAUGGAGUUCGAGGCUCAGAUGGAUCAGGUGAAGAACGGUGCCAGACUUUGUUCUCUGCCUGAUAUCCGUGUUCCCAGCAUCCCUGCGGCUCCCGCUCUACCGGAAAUGCUUCCUCCGCCGUCUGGCUCUCAGUUCUACGGGCCGUACGGGUCACUUCCUCCGGGCCGCACAGCCACGCCCACUCCGACGACAGACUCCCGGAAGAACCGGUGAGCCGGCGGCCCGGCACCACAGCACCUCACCACCUACGACCGGAUCCUGGAGAGACUGCACAUGAUGUUCCCGCACUACGACAGGCUGGUGCUGAACAGGUUCAUUCAGGAGGUGCGUGUGUCCAGCGGAGGCACUCUCCACACGCUGACCUACGAUGAUGUCAUCAACCGAGUGGCUCAGCUCAUCCUGGACCAUCAGGAGAACACACGAGAGCAGCUGAACCACACGGGUGGAGAUGCUCAGGGUCACAUGACUCCUCCGUCCGACGGUGCAGUCAGAGCCACCGGGCCACCGCCGGUCACACACGUGUGGAAGAGCGUGUCUGAGAAACAUCGCAACGCGACGCUGGCGCUGAACAUGGAGGAUCCGUGCAUCAUCUGUCACGAGGACAUGAGUCCAGAGGAAGUGUGUGUUCUGGAGUGCCGCCACAGCUUCCACAGAGAGUGUAUAAAGUCGUGGCUGAAGGAGCAGAGUACGUGUCCCACCUGUCGAGAACAUGUUCUCUUACCGGAGGACUUUCCCAUGCUGCCCAGCAGACACCGCAAGAGACCAGCGCCGGCCGCCGCCUCCAACUGACCCUCUGUAUGUCCAGCUGCUCACGCAUCACACACACACACACGUCUUAUAAUCACACACUCACAGGAAGGGUGUUUGUUUUGGGUGUCUUAACUCUGGACCAAUCGCUGAUGUUUACUUCCACACCUCUGUUUUCAUUCCUCUAAUAAAGCUCAUGACGUGAA